AGCAUCUCAAAGCAGACAGAGGAAUACUCUGGGGCGAGAGACACACACCUUCAUUCCUCUCUUGAUGGGUGGAUCACUGUCCUCAGAAAUCAGUAAUGUGCACCUGUCCUACCUGCAACAUGGCGGACAUAGUCCUCAGGUGUUGUCCCAGCUGCAGGACCUUUUGAGUGAAGCCCUGCAGGUGGAAAUGCAUCUCGGGAAACAGCCCAACCCCAAGACGCAUCAAAGAGAGCCGAGUAAACGGCGGUAUGAUUCUGACUGGUACCAAAUCAACAAACAGCUCAUCACCACGGAGAUAGAAAACCAGAAACUUGAGGAAGAGCUCAGGGCUGCUCAGCUGAGGAAGACCAAAGCCUCCAGACUUGCUCGCUCUACACACAUGGGACCACCCAGGGGAGGACAAGUGCAUGCUAUGAAGAUGGAUAUUGACCUGCUGAAGCACGAGCUUGAAAUAAAUCGUUUGAAAAGACUGAUAAACACAAGGACACCGCGGUCACCAUUACUGUUGCCCUCACUGGAGCAGUUCAGAUCCCAGACGCCAGCCCUCACUAAGUGUCUCUAUGAGCAGACGGCUGCACUGGGACCAGCCCCAUAUGACCCGGUGGCAGGUUUCGUGGUGUUCUAUGACUUCCUGCUGGGUCUGAGCCCGUCUUACCAGCUGUGCCGCAUGACGGUGGGGCUCUUCAGUGGCGACCAGGCGAUGGGCGCCCCCUCUCUCCUGCCCCCUGUGCCCUGCGAGCCGCCCUCCGGCCUCUCCUCAUGCCAACCCCCAGGCCUCUCCUCAUGCCAACCCCCAGGCCUCUCCUCAUGCCAACCCCCGGGGCACCACAGCGGCCAACUCGCCCUGCUGGCUACCAAACAGCCUGUGCCCAGAGUCCACCCUGCCCCUGCACUCUCUUUAGUGCUUCACCUGCAGGCCUCAGGAGGAUAUGACAUGCUUGGACAGGAAGUGACCCGCCUGCGGUCCCGGGGCUGGGUGAAAGUGGACGUAUUUGACCGGCACAACCGUGUGAUUAGUGGGAGGUGGAGAGUGCCCCUCCGCCUGCUGCCGGCCAAGCCCUCCAUGACGACCGGAGAGAUGAACGCUGUGCCUCAGCUGGACAGUGCAGAACUGUAUCUGAGAGUUGUGAAUGCCAGAGAUGCAGAAGCACACAGUUCCAUCCCCAUCAGCCAGAGCACAGCGUCACUCUACCGCUUCCCUCCUGCGGUUACCAGGAGUAGACUUCUGCCUUCACCGUGCGCAUUUGAGCCCUGUGAUCGGAGCAAUGGGGCCCGUCAUCACCAGGAGUCCACUCCACCCACCCAUAUGCUGAGUGCUGACCUGACCACUCCACCCACCCAUAUGCUGAGUGCUGACCUGGACUAGAUGAAGAUGUUGUGUUUAUGCUGACAGUAAUAUGUUUAUGUUUAUGGUUCACAGCAGAAUGCUUUUGCAACGUAAUUUUCCAAAGUAAUAACAUUAUAAUCACAUAAUGACGUCAAUGAGCAUGACCUUUAUUUUAAAAUGAAGGCCCAGAUUGUGCACCCAGCACAACGGGCGCAAAGCCCGACGCAAGUCUUAUUCAUAUCGCCCCUCUCAUCAUACUCAGGUCUUAUUCAUAUCACCCCUCUCAUCAUACUCAGGUCUUAUUCAUAUCGCCCCUCUCAUCAUACUCAGGUCUUAUUCAUAUCACCCCUCUCAUCAUACUCAGGUCUUAUUCAUAUCACCCCUCUCAUCAUACUCAGCUCACCAGGAGUCCUCGUCUCAGAAUGCAUUUGAGUCAUGUGGCUGGAGCAACACGGCCCGUCAUUGCCCAUCACAUGCCAGUCUUAUAAUGUCGUAUAUACCCAGUGAUGCAUUGCCCAUCACAUGCCAGUCUUAUAAUGUCGUAUAUACCCAGUGAUGCAUUGCCCAUCACAUGCCAGUCUUAUAAUGUCGUACCCAGUGAUGCGUUGCCCAUCACAUGCCAGUCUUAUAAUGUCGUAUAUA